GCCGGGCCCUGGGGCAACGCCCCCCUCCGCCGCGCCGCGCUUUGCGCACGGCCCUUGAGCCGCGCUCAGCCGAAGUUACCUCAGGGCGGGCGGUUCCCGCCCUGGGCCGCGCCGCCUCCCGCCUGAGGAAAGCGUUGGGCGAGUCCCGGGGUGGGAUCCGGCCGCGGGUCGGUGCUGCAGGUGCCCCGCUGAAGGGGAGCGAUGGCGACCGCUCAGAAGCCAAAGAACUGUGUGAGUGCAGUUGUAUUUCCCAAUAAGAUAUGCACGGAACAGCAGUCCCUGACUCUGGUGAAGCGGCUCCUGGCCGUGGCCGUGUCCUGCAUUACGUACCUGAGAGGGAUCUUCCCUGAAAGCGCCUAUGGGACGAGAUACCUGGAUGAUCUCUGCGUCAAAAUCUUGAGGGAAGACAAAAACUGCCCCGGCUCGACUCAGCUGGUGAAAUGGAUGUUAGGAUGCUACGAUGCCUUGCAGAGGAAAUACCUAAGAAUGGUUGUCCUAGCGGUCUACACCCAUCAGGAUGAUCCUCAGACAAUUACAGAAUGUUACCACUUCAAAUUCAAGUACACCCCCAAUGGGCCGGUCCUGAAUUUCAGCAGUAAGAGCAAGGAGAGCGAUUCCCCCAUCAGCUGCGCGGACACCAAGAAGGCAAGCAUCCUCCUCAUCCGCAAGAUCUACGUUCUAAUGCAGAACUUGGGUCCGCUGCCAAACAACGUCUGCCUGACCAUGAAGCUGUUCUACUACGACGAAGUUACACCGCCUGAUUAUCAGCCCCCUGGCUUUAAGGAGGGUGAAUGCGAGGGGAUGAUAUUCGAGGGAGAGCCCAUGUAUCUGAACAUGGGCGAAGUGCCGACGCCUUUCCACAUGCUGAAAGUGAAAAUCACAACGGACAAACAGAGGAUAGAAAACUGUGAUGAAAGCAUUCUGAAGCAGAGAGAGCCCGACCUGCCCCUGCCGGUGCUCACGGGGGCUGGAGGUGAAGGAGAAGGCGGCCAGCACGUGAAGGAAGGUCCCGCAUUAGGUAAUAGAGCAGGAGAUGAUGCUCACGCAGACACUUUGGAGGCUCAAGAGGAGAAUUUUCCUUGUGGAAGGGAUGGAGUUUUGGAGGCCAGGGAGAACAGGAAUCAGUACUUUUCCAACCCUCAGGUUGAUCAUCUGGCAAGGAAGACGUCUGAGCUUAACAUGUCAGAAAGCAGGACAAGAAGUGGGAAGUUAUUCCAAGCCUACGCUGUUCCUCAGGGUGAGCUCUCGUCCAGUCAGGACGUGCUGCCAAAAAGGAGGAAAAUAAGUGAGCCAAAGGAGCAGUUCUAGACACCCAUCUCCCUGCUGCGUGCCUCGCAGGGCGCCGCUCCACACCGCUUCCUUUUUGCUGUUUAAUGUCAGUGUUCAUAUUUAAAUACCUCCCGGGGAUUUCUUGUUCUAUUGCUAGUGAAAACGUAGUGGAUUUAAGGAAAGAAGUCUGUCAGGAAGCUCAGAUGAAGAAAUCAGAAGUGAGUUUCUAUGGGGGGGUUGCAGCCCCAUCAAGAAGGACAGACAGAAUGCUGCUGCAGUUCUGAUCAAAUUUCUGGUCUUGCAGUUCUUGCUUGUCUUGGGAAACGAGCAGAGCUGGAACGGUUGGAGGUGCCUGAUUCUUUGCAUUUCUUCCAGACCAAAGUACAGGCGUCCUUCAUACCGUUAAUUACAUAUCCCAUGCCAAAUGCAGGAAGGCACAGGGCUGCAUGGGUAUCUUUAAUUGCUGGCAGCUGUUUGUCAGAAUGGCGUAAGAGGAUUUGAAGUAGGAGUGUGUAUUUCAGUGGAGUGACUCAUUGCAGGAGUUGGAAAAGGUGCUGCUGUUAUUCUACCAAAGUAACUGUUAAUUUUUGAGCUACUAUAGAACUGGAGUGAAGCUGUCUCUGUGUUGCUCGGAGCUGCUGCUCUGUUUCGGUGUGGAUAGCUGAACGUUUCUUGACACGUUUGAAUUUGUCCCAUUUUAUCACAUUAAAACAGCGUUAUUCA